AUGCUAUGUCCUCUGCGAGAAAAGAAGAUAGUGGCUGAAUCGGACGAGCUAUAUCUCACUAACGAGUUCGUCACCCGACUUGAACACUCUAUUCUAGAACGACCUGCACUCGGCCUCGGACUACUUGGUCUUUGCACCACCGUCGAGCUUCUGAUCGCCACUCACGUUUUCAACAUAUAUCUCAAAUGUACAUUGACAUUUUCCUGUCUGCUGCAAAUCCUCCUGAUAAACCCCAAGGCCCCUCCUCCCCGACCCCCUCCCCGACCCAAGACCCUGUCAUCAUCAUCGUCGACGACGACGACGAUGAUACUUAUAUGCUUCAUCCGCAAGCUCCUCCUCCGCGACCACCCUCCCCAAGCUCCUACUCCCCAGCGAGGCAUUUCAUACAUCGAGGCCAUCAACCUGACUGCCUUUUUUGUCGAUAUUGCCCAGAUGACACACCAAGUUAAGGAAGGUCUUGAUAUCCCCUAUACACUUGACCAUUGGAAAGCUUUCUGGAACAUGGUGUUCCAAGAUUGGGAUACUUCAGUUGGUAAUGCUGAUGACCUACCUCUGAGGGCAGUUACUCUAGCAGAUAGCAAAGUCAGAGCCGGCAAACUGACGAUGAAUCAUCCACCCAGUGUUGAGUAUCCUGGACCACCUGGUCCAGCACGACUCCAAGGCCAGCCUGUCUACAUGAGCAUAUCUCCUGCCGCCCAAGACCAGCUCCUUCAACCUAUCUGGAAAGGCGAGGCGGGGAAGUUUGUUAGUCCUCGUUACAUCGAAAUGGAGAUGCCAAGGGGAGAGUGCCUCGAUCUCGCUGUCCUCAGAUUCGACCGAGCUACGACGUCCCGCAUGAAAGACUACAACCUCGCCUGCAUCACCAACGCCGCUCGCCACCGACUAAUGCAUUUUGCUGUAGUAGGUACGGGCGUGGCAGCCAAUGUCCCAGUAAAUUGUCGAGCACCAACCCCUCUGGUACCUGAGCUCGACGGAGACCGCGCAGAGGAGACAGCCAUCGCCUAG